UGUAUUUCCAACUAGGAGCUUUUCACUGACAGCCAGCUCUGUGCUUCUGAAAUGGGAGUCAUUUUACUGUUGCAUAGCUACUAUAACACAUAGAGCUCCCUGCUCUCUCUCUCUCUCUCUUUGUUUUAGCACAACCAGAUAACAUUAACUUGUCAUCACAUAUAUUUUGAUUGUCUAGAUCGUGUUUGAAAUGUCCAUCUUGACAUCGGUCUUAGAAUUAACAUAAGAACGGAUGGGAAAGCGUAAGUUGUCGUGUAUAUAUAUAUUUUUAAACGGUGCUGUGAUUGACGACCAGCGGGUUUCGGGGGGAAGUCAUCAUAAAACACCCCAUCUUGCCAAAUGGAUGAUGAUCUAAAACCUCUGGAUUUCAUAAAGGACUUUCAAGAGUACCUGACACAGCAAACGCACCAUGUCAACAUGAUCUCAGGCUCUGUCGGUGGGGAGAUAGAGCCCGACCACCUCCAAGCUGUAGCAGCUCUCCCAGACAGUGAUCAUCACAAUGGGUCGGUGGAAGUCUCUCUGGACGACAGCUCUGGGCUGCUGGUGGACGGCUUUCAGAGGACCUUCGACGGCAAGCUCAAGUGUAGCUACUGCAGCUACGCCAGUAAAGGCACCGCUCGCUUGAUAGAGCACAUCAGAAUUCACACAGGAGAGAAGCCUCACCGCUGCCAGCUGUGCCCCUUCGCCUCUGCCUACGAGCGCCACCUUGAGGCCCACAUGCGCUCCCACACGGGAGAGAAGCCCUACAAGUGUGACCUCUGCUCCUUCCGUUGCAGCGACCGCAGUAACCUGUCCCACCACCGCCGGCGCCGCCACAAGCUUUUACCCAUGAAGGGGGCGGGGCUGCCCGCCUUCCUGUCCAACAAGAAGAUGCUGAACGUCCUACAGAAGAAGAGUGGCAGCUCCCUGGGCCUGGGAGGCUACAGCAGACACCUCCUCAUCAACUUCAGCCCUCCCUCCAUGGUGGUGGGGAAACCAGACUACCUGAACCACGAGGUGUACGAGAGCGAUGUGAAGGACCAUGGGACUGGAGGAGGAGGAGGAGCCAGCAGGGAUGUCAACAGUGACAUGAUGGUGGACAAUAAUCCUCUGAACCAGCUGUCUACGCUGGCAGGCCAGUUGUCCAACCUCCCCCCAGUGGACCAGACCCCUGUGUCUCCUGACAGACUGUCCUGUAACGACGUCAAGCCGUUCCUCAUCCAGCAGGCCUCUGGUGCACCGAUUGCAGUGUCAGUAUCUUUGUCCACCAGUCAAAGUGGUGCCCACCACCACCACUACCACCACCACCACCACCAAACCUCCUCCCCAACCAGCCCCGAGGACCUCCAACCGCCUGCAGGCCAUAGCAGGAACUACAGCCCCAGCCCUGUGGACCCAGAACCCAGCAGUGAGCACAGUGCACACACACGCACCAGCUCAGCUAGCAUUAGUAACAGCCAGCCCAGUACCCCUGCCCUGCUCGGUAGCACACAGCACCCAGACCCACAAAUGCUGCACAGCUGCCAGCACUGCGACACCUACUUCUCAGACAACAUCAUGUAUACCAUUCACAUGGGUUGCCACGGCUACGAGAACCCCUUGCAGUGUAAUAUCUGCGGCUGUAAGUGCAGGAACAAGUAUGACUUUGCCUGCCACUUCGCUCGCGGGCAGCACACGCUGUGACUGACUUCCACAGUAACCCGAGAGAUGAAUUUGAACGAUGUUUGGCGCCUCACAGAGAACAUUAACUUAUUCCCGUGUUUAUGAUAAUCAGGGAUCACAGCGAUUCUGAUCUAGAUUUUAUUGUAUAGUUUUUUUUAUUUUUAUGAUAUAACUUAGAGAGUGAGUGUUACUUUGAAAUUAGGAAUUGGUGUUUCUAUAAAUGGAGACAUUUAUCACGUGUCCUCCUUGGUGCCGUCUGAGAAUUUAAAGAAAGCAAUCUGGAGGUUGGAGACAUUUAUCACGUGUCCUCCUCGGUGCCGUCUGAGAAUUUAAAGAAAGUCAACUUCUUAUUAUUUAAAUGUUUCCUUUUAUUUAACGAGGCAAGUCAGUUAAGAACAAAUUCUUAUUUACAAUGACAGCCUACCCCCAGGGCCAAACCUUGACGACGCAGAGCCAAUUGUGUGCCUCCCUAUGGGACUCCCAAUCAUGGCCGGAUGUUAUACAGCCUGGAUUUGAACCAGGGACUGUUGACGUCACUUGCACUGAGAUGCAGUGCCUUAGACCGCUGCGCCACACGAGAGCCCGACUCUGAAUUAGUUACAUAAAUAUUGGUGAUGUGACUAAACUUAUAGUUUAAAUAGCGAUUAGCAAGGUAUCUGGUUGCUGUGACUAGAGUUUAAACAGUUUUGGCCUUAUCUUUUAUUUAACCAGGUAGACCAGUUGAGAACAAGUUCUCAUUUACAACUGGCGACCUGGCCAAGAUAAAGCAGUGCGACACAAACAACAACACAGAGUUACACACGGAAUAAACAAACGCACAGUCAAUAACACAAUAGAAAAAGUCUAUAUACAGUGUUGUGUAACUGGUGUGAGGAGGUAAGGCAUGAAGCAAGAAGCAUGAACAAGCCCAUUGGUCCAAAUAGGUGCUCAACAAUGACAAACAGACAGGCUUUAUUAUACAUUGUGUAUAGUAGUGUCUCACUUUGUGGUGAGUGUAAAAACGUAACAUUAUAUCAACGGCUUGAAGUGAAUGACAUCUGUGCAUAUUGAUGCUUUCAGCUUAGACAUCAUUUCACUCUGUAAUUUACUCUGCUCGGUUCCACAUUCCGGUUGAUUCCAUGUGUUCUCUGUUCCACAUUCAGAUUGAUUCCAUGUGUUCUCUGUUCCACAUUUCGGUUGAUUCCAUGUGUUCUCUGUUCCACAUUCAGAUUGAUUCCAUGUGUUCUCUGUUCCACAUUCAGAUUGAUUCCAUGUGUUCUCUGUUCCACAUUCAGAUUGAUUCCAUGUGUUCUCUGUUCCACAUUCAGAUUGAUUCCAUGUGUUCUCUGUUCCACAUUCAGAUUGAUUCCAUGUGUUCUCUGUUCCACAUUCCGGUUGAUUCCAUGUGUUCUCUGUUCCUCAUUCAGAUUGAUUCCAUGUGUUCUCUGCUACACAUUCAGAUUGAUUCCAUGUGUUCUCUGUUCCACAUUCAGAUUGAUUCCAUGUGUUCUCUGUUCCACAUUCAGGUUGAUUCCAUGUGUUCUCUGUUCCACAUUCAGAUUGAUUCCAUGUGUUCUCUGUUCCACAUUCCGGUUGAUUCCAUGUGUUCUCUGUUCCUCAUUCAGAUUGAUUCCAUGUGUUCUCUGCUACACAUUCAGAUUGAUUCCAUGUGUUCUCUGUUCCACAUUCAGAUUGAUUCCAUGUGUUCUCUGGUCCACAUUCCGAUUGAUUCCAUGUGUUCUCUGUUCCACAUUCAGAUUGAUUCCAUGUGUUCUCUGUUCCACAUUCCGGUUGAUUCCAUGUGUUCUCUGUUCCACAUUCAGACAUCCUCUGUUGCUGCCAAUCACAUAAUGUCUUACCUUCAGCUAGCCUUACUGAUUCAUAUUAACUGGUGCUCUUUAGCUAACACCUCCUAAAUUAACAAUGAUCUGUAGCUUACAUGCAAUUUGCGUUGGAGACAAAUCAUUCGGACUUGGAUAAAUCGUACUUCAUCAGAAGGCCAAAGUAUUCCUCUGAACCUGUUUUUAAAAAGUAUUUCAAAGUAUUUCACAUAACAGUUGUAGCAGUGUUGGAAAUGACUGUGGUCCUUACAGACAGUAACGUAACACCACCCCUUCCUGAGUAUUGAAAUGACUGUGGUCCUUACAGACAGUAACGUAACACCACCCCUUCCUGAGUAUUGAAAUGACUGUGGUCCUUACAGACAGUAACGUAACACCACCCCUCCCUGAGUAUUGAAAUGACUGUGGUCCUUACAGACAGUAACGUAACACCACCCCUCCCUGAGUAUUGAAAUGAUUUGCACAGAUCAGAGCCUGGAGUUUGUUUUUCAUAUUGUAUGUUAAAAAGGAUUUCCUGUUUGUUUUCUGGAAACAUAGAUUGAUGUAGCAGUGUCUAAUGGUCCCCGUAUUGGAGUGGUGUUUUCUAUGCAGUGAUCUAGGAUGUGUAGGAUUGGCUCCCAAUCAAUGAUCUAUAUUGGACUAUGGAGAAAGUCAUGUUAUGAUAUGAAACAUGGAAAUAUGUAGAUUCUGAUUUACACUGAAGAAAAAUAUAAAUUUCAAAUGCAAAAUUUUAAAAGAUUCAAAGAGUUCCAGUUCAUAUAAAGGAAAUCAGUCAAUGUAAAUACAUUCAUUAGGCCCUAAUCUAUGGAUUUCACAUGACUGGGAAUACAGACAUACAAACAAACAACCAGAACAGGGGAGUGAAUCAGAAAACCAGUCAGU